ACCAUGGCUUCAUGCUACGGACUAAUGGGAGUUGUAGUUUAACAAGGUCUUUAGUCUGCAUUUUCCCUGUGUAUAUUUGUUAUACGUUUUCUGUUUUGCUUGAUCUCACUGUUUGAACCAUGUUGUACCUCAACUCGAGCCUCAAGCAGAGGUAAGUGAUAAAUUUAUUAUCAUUAAUAAAUCUAUUAUUAUUAUUAUUAGGCCUCUGGUGGUGCAGUGUGUUAAAGCGCUGAGCUGCUGAACUUGCGGACCAAAAGGUCACAGGUUCAAAUUCAGGGAGCGGAAUGAGCACCCACUGAGCCCCAGCUUUUGCCAACCUAGCAGUUCGAAAACAUGCAAAUGUGAGUAGAUCAAUAGGUACCACUCUGGCGGGAAGGUAACAGCGCUCCAUGCAGUCAUGCCAGCCACAUGACCUUGGAGGUGUCUACGGACAACGCUGGCUCUUUGGCUCAGAAAUGGAGAUGAGCACCAACCCCCAGAGUCGGGGACGACUGGACUUAACGUCAGGGGAAACCUUUACCUUUAUAUUAUUAUUAUUAUUAUUAUUAUUAUUAUUAUUAUUAUUAUUGCCUUUGUCUUCUCUGCCAAAGAACUACUCUUUUAAGAGAGAAAAAGUGGCAUAAUAAUAAUAAUAAUAAUAAUAAUAAUAAUAAUAAUAAUGUAAUGAUAAUAAUAAUACGAAAGCUCCCAGGAUUCCAUAGCAUUGAGCCACAGCAGUUAACCUGCAUUAAUUCUCCAGUGUAGGUGCACCAUCAGUCCCUCAAAUAAGAAUUGCCUCCUCCUUUGAUAGACCUUUGCUUCAGUCCCCAAAUUUUUGCCAUUGCAAGGAGUGAGAUCUUGUCAUAUCUUGGGCUCAUAACCUCUGGGUUUGGUGUCCCCUGGAUACUUUGCUGUCCCUUUUCAUUCCUAUCAUUCUUUUUGAGUGCUAAACCGAGGCUUUAAGUUAUAUGCAGCGAUUGACUGUAAAGGCCUAAUCUCCCUCCUGAGAGGUUUAAUGCCUUUAUUGCUCUUGGUCCAGGGUCCAAGGCUGCGAUCGUUGUCUGGGAAGUUAAAGGCCGGGUUUCUUGGACUUGAGAGGUUUUGUUAUUUGGCUUUGUGGGGAGUAUCUCAAUCGUGCAAACUCUCUGUUGCGAGACCCACAGAGUUGACUAAAUAAGGCAAAAUGUGCAUCAGAGUAUCUCCCUUUACUUUGUUAGAAAAGCUGGGUAAAAUGAGAUACUAGUAUCAUAACACGGGCAUCAAAUGGCGGGAGAGUUGUAACUUUGAAAAUAAUGAGAAAAUAAUAUUUUUCUCUUUAUUACAUAUUGCACAUCUUUUGGCUUGAGGUGGGGCAAUACAUUUAUAAAAUUGCAUCUUUAAAAUAUCGCUGGCGUUGAUUAAAAGACCUGAGGCAAACGUUAAAACACAAUAAACAUGGAAUGGGAUGUAAAAGUCAUAGUAAUAAGAAAUUAAAGAAUCGACAACACUUUACUUUUCAAGGCAAAUAAAUAUAGUUUUGAGACCAGGAAAUUGGGGCAAGUGGGGUCAGUAUCCCUUGAUGCCCUCCUACAUUAGAAACAUUGUGCGUUUGCAUUGAUGCAGCUUGGCUGGCUUCCUUGAGCUGCCUAGGAAUGCCUCCAUGGCCAGCCAGGCCUGUGCUCUUUGGCCUUCCGGGUCUGUCUUCAUGCCUAUCUUUGUGGGUCUUUGGGCCCAAUCCCUGCCUCUGGGGAGUGGCCUCCUUGCCUCGAAGCAAAGGGGGGAGAUAAGGCGGGUUGAAGUCCAGGGCAAAGCGUCACUUGGAGGAACCCGCUGGGCACCUUCCCUCCCAAAGCAGGCGCUUCCUGAAGGAUGGCGGGGCCUUGGAUGCUGCUGCUGCUCCUGGGGCUGGUCCUCAUUGAGGAGCAUGCCGUCCUCGCUUUGCCUCCGUCUUGGGCCCAGCCGGCCUUUGUCAACCGAUGCAGGACGGCCAGUCAAAAGCUGUGCAACUUUGUCUGCGAUUGUUGGGAUUGUUCGGACGAAAACCAGUGCGGUUUCCAGAGGGAUUCGGUGGUGCUGGGGAGGCCCUUUGCCUGUGACUUCGAAGGCAGCCUCUGUGGCUGGGAGGACAUCAGCCCCUCCGCCUUCCAGUGGGUCCCAGUCCAGGCCAGCCUCUCCAACUGGGACCAGGAGCCCCCCUUCGACCACACGCGGGGCACUGAUCUGGGUUGGUACCUGGCCCCCACGAAGCAGCAGGUGAAGCCCUCGGCCACGGCACGCUUGCGGUCCCCCCCAAUGAGAGAGGCCUCUGCCGCGUGCGAGAUCCACGCCUGGUUUCACCUCUCGGGAGCAGGGCUCAACCAGAGCCACCGUCCGGCAUUGUCCUUGGAGCUGAGUGCCGAGAACUACACCGUGACCCUCUGGCGCAGCCCCCUCCCAAGCAGUGCCUCUCCUUGGCGGGAGCUGGUGGCUUUCACUGGGCGGAUCCAAGGGGCCUUCCAGCUCAUCUUCUCCGCCACUCAGGAUUUCUCCACAUCGGUGCAAGUGGCGCUCGACGACCUGGAGUUCCGGAACUGCGGCCUCCCCGACCCCGGGUCACGUCCCUCCAGAUGUGGCCCAGAUGAGCGUUUGUGUGGCAACAGCACCUGCCUUGCUGAGGACCGCUUUUGCGACGGGACGGAGGACUGCCUUGAGGGCGACGACGAAGACCCCGCAGUUUGUGCUUCCUUUGCCGCCUCCCGCUUCGAAGAGGGCUGGGGUCAUUGGAGGCCAGAGCUGGACCAGGGCUUAUUGUGGACAAGGAACAGCAGUCUCCAUGUUGCCUCCACGUCUCCUUUGCGGGAUCACAGCACCAACAGCCCGGAAGGGUAUUUUGUCUACAUCAAUCAUGGGGACCUAGGCCCAAAGCAGAGGAGAGGCUGGCUGUUCAGCCCGACUCUGGCCGCGAGUGAGACAGAGCCCUGCUAUCUGGUGCUCUACCUCUAUCUUCACGGCUCUGACACCAACAGCCUCGAGGUCUAUUACCGGACGGAGGAGAAGUUGGAGCUCGUCCGGAGCCGCACUGGGGAUCUGGGCAACUUCUGGUUCCGGGAUAAAGUGGCCUUUGAUGUGAAAGAGAAGUUCCAGAUUGUCAUUGAAGGAGCCUUUGGGACGGGGGACAAGGGGAUCAUCGCUUUGGAUGACCUCAUCCUCUCUCCUGGCUGCCUGGAGCAAAACAGCAGUCUUUCCUCUCCCUUUGAGCCGGAGUCCCCUGCUUCCUCCUGUGGCCAGGACCAGUUUGCCUGCUGGGAUGGCAAGCUGUGUGUCAGCGCGGAACUGGCCUGUGACUUUAAGGCCGACUGUGAGGACGGCUCCGAUGAACACGAGUGUGGGGCCACAGCUUUGAAUGAGAGCAGCGGUGGCUGGAGGGACCUCAGCGUGGGGCGGCUGCAGUGGACGCUCCAAAAUGCCAACGGUCAAGGCUGGGUCCUUGCCCUCUCCUCUGAAGGUCCGGGGCAGAUGCUGUCCUCGGCCAGAGCUGCCACUCCAGCCCUGGGCCCCUCCGGCUUGGCCUGCGUCCUGCAGCUGGACUUCACCACCGGACUCCGAGGGCUCCUGGUGCUUGCUGUUGUGGAUGAAGCUUUGGGGAGCAGCCACUGGGUUUGGUCUGCUUUGGGCAACGGGACGGCCGUCUGGGACCAGGCCCGGGUUCCCCUCGGGGCCAGAAGCCGACCCUUCCAGCUUGAGCUCCUGGCCUCAGAGGACCUCCAAGGCGAUGAUGUAGAGGGUCCGGCGGUUGCUGUGGGCAAUGUAGCUUUCCUGGACUGUGAUCCCUCUGCUGCCCCUCUGGCCAACCCCUCAGGGCUCUCUUGCAACUUCGAGGCCGGAGGCUGCAACUGGUUCCCAGAACGAAACCAUAGCUUUGAAUGGAAGCUGAGCGCUGGCCAGGAAAGUGGCCCGGACCACACCACCGGAUCAGGUUCGUUCAUGUCUGCGGACCCUUCUUGCCCCGGAGCCCGAGACCUCAGCACUCGCCUGGUUUCUUCCCCACAGAAGCCUCUGUCCGACUCGACUUGCUUUUCCUUCUGGUACCGAAUGGAGGGGCCCCAGAUUGGGACCCUCAACCUUGUUUUGAAAUACGCCGGAGAACCAGAGCGGGUCAUUUGGAGCCAGACGGGGAGCCAGGGGUCGGUGUGGCACCGGGAUUCGGCCGCCGUCCCCCACCCGACGCCCGGCCAGAGCUUCCAGCUGUCCUUCGAGGCCCUUCGGAACGGCUUCCUGGGCACCAUGGCGUUGGAUGACUUCUCCGCCACCCCUGGCACCUGCAGGACCCCCACCCACUGCUCCUUCGAGGUGGACGACUGCGGCUUCUUGUCCAGAGAGCGGCCGUUUUGGGUGCAGCAGAGCGGGGCUCAGGGAUCGGGACCCCCCAGGGAUCACACGUUGGGAUCGCCCCAAGGGCAUUAUCUGCUCCUUAACACCAGCCAGAGCUCCCUGCAGCCCGGUCAGGUGGCCGUCUUGCGUUCCCCGGCCUUCCCACCUGGACUCCGUCUCCAUUGCGUCACCUUUUGGUACCACCUGAGAAGCAGCCGUCCAGGGUCUUUGAGGGUCACCAUCAAAGAGGGAGGCAAACAGAAGGCGGCAGCGCUGGACGUGAGCCUGGUUCCAGGGGAGGCCUGGCAAUACGGCCGCCUCAGUGUCCGGGUUCAAUCUGAUUGGCAGGUGGCCUUUGCAGCGGAAGGGGCUGCCGAGGGACCCUUUUCUUCCUCCUCUUUCCUGGCCUUGGAUGACUUUCGUGUGACGGAUGGCAGCUGCCUUGGGGCCGGGUCGUGUGACUUUGAGCGGGGUCUCUGCGGUUGGGGCAAGCCCCCCGGAGCCUGGUCCAGCUGGGGUUGGAAGGCCGGAGCUGUUCCUUCCCAGUCGCCUUCCCCGGAGACUGACCGCACCUUUGGCUCCAAGGAAGGCCACUAUGCUUUCGUGGACCUGGCUGUCCUGGGGCAGAGCGUGGCCCGACUGGCCAGCGAGCCCCUCCCUCCGGCCACCAACGCUUCCCUCCGCUUCCAUUACCACAUGGACUUCCUCGGCCAGAACUCUCAAGCGGAGCUCCGGGUGAAGGUGUCCAGCUUGGACGUGGAGCGGAUGCUGUGGUCGGCCAAAGGUCACCAGGGCCACUCGUGGCUGCAGCAGACCCUCCUGGUGUCCAGUCUCACGGAGUUCCAGAUCCUGUUCGAAGCCACCAGCGGAGCAUGGCCCAGUUUGGGGACCGUUGCCUUGGAUGACGUCUCCUACGACACUGGGCCUGAUUCGGGCGAUACCGAAGGGAGCCAAGGGACAGGCGAAGGGGGCAGCGGGGGUCCGGACGCAGGGCUGGUGGCCGGCAUCCUCUGCUCCGUCCUGCUGGUCCUCCUUGCGGCCGCAGCGGCUUUCCAUUUCCUGAAGAAGCGGAGGGGGCCCGAGGAGAGGAGGCCCAUCGAGCGCACCAGCGUCCAGGGCUUCGACAACGUCGCCUUCCAAAACGUAAGCCACUUCUCUCACAGGAUGUUUCAUCCUUCUGUUUCAAUAGUUGCAUCUUGUCUAUUUAAAUUUUUAUUAUUUUUGCCAUAUAAACCAGGGGUUCCCAAACUAAGGCCCAGGGGCCGGAUGCGGCCCAUCGAAGCUAUUUAUCCAGCCCCCACGGCACAAGGGCAGAAGGGGGUUGGACUAAAUGACCCAAGGGGUCUCUUCUUCUCUUACAACCCUUAUUAUUAUUAUUAUUAUUAUUAUUAUUAUUAUUAUUAUUAUUAUUAUUAUUAUAUUGUAUGACACAGCAAACAAGAUAGAUAUGCUGGAGUUCGUAUCACAAAAUCACAUUAUUAUUAACAUUGAGGCUGGGUGGCCAUCUGUCAGGGGUGUUUUGCUAGUGCUUUUGGUGCACAAAGGCAAAAGGGGGUUGGACUUAAUGGCCCAAGGGGUCUCUUCCAACCCUCAUUAUUAUUAUUAUUAUUAUUAUUAUUAUUAUUAUUAUUAUUAUUAACAUUGAGGUUGGGUGGCCAUCUUUCAGGGGUGGGUUGCUUGUGCUUUUGGUGCACAAAGGCAAAAGGGGGUUGGACUUAAUGGCCCAAGGGGUCUCUUCCAACCCUCAUUAUUAUUAUUAUUAAUAUUAUUAUUAUUAUUAUUAACAUUGAGGCUGGGUGGCCAUCUGUCAGGGGUGCUUUGCUAGUGCUUUUGGUGCACAAAGGCAAAAGGGGGUUGGACUUAAUGGCCCAAGGGGUCCCUUCCAACCAUUAUUAUUAUUAUUAUUAUUAUUAUUAUUAUUAUUAUUAACAUUGAGGUUGGGUGGCCAUCUUUCAGGGGUGGGUUGCUUGUGCUUUUGGUGCACAAAGGCAAAAUGGGGUUGGACUUAAUGGCCCAAGGGGUCUCUUCCAACCCUCUUUAUUAUUAAUAAUAAUAAUAAUAAUAAUAAUAAUAAUAAACAUUGAGGCUGGGUGGCCAUCUGUCAGGGGUGCUUUGCUUGUGCUUUCGGUGCACAAAGGCAGAAGGGGGUUGGACUCAAUGGCCCAAAGGGUCUCUUCCAACACUCUUUUUUGUUGUUGUUGUUGUUAUUAUUUAUUAUUAUUGCUCGGUGGCCAACUAUAGUCCGGCCCUCCAAUGGUCCGAAAGAUCGUGAACCGGCCCCCUGUUUAAAAAGUUUGGGGACCCCUGAUAUAAACCAUUCCUAAAGUUGGAAGCCCCUGGUGGCGAAGUGUGUUAAAGCGCUGAGCUGCUGAACUUGCAGACCAAAAGGUCCCAGGUUCAAAUCCCGGGAGCGGAGUGAGCGCCCGCUGUUAGCUCCAGCUCCUGCCAACGUAGCAGUUCGAAAACAUGCCAAUGUGAGUAGAUCAAUAGGUACU